AUGGUUGCGCCAGCUGUCCCCGAGAUCACCGAGGAGAUACUCCACGAAGCGGUUGACACUCGUACCGAGUCUCUGAGCUCACUCAGGGAGCUUGGCCCCCCCGAUCUCGUACACCUUGUCAAGCAACCCCUGAAGAACCCCGGAAAGCACAUCCAUCAGUACGGUGUCUAUCACCAUGUCACCGGCGUCGACGCGUCUUCCUCGGCCAGUUUGGCGGCUUACAUCAACACCCUGACCUACAAGGAGUUUGGCCAUUCCGCCACUGCCAAAACCGUCGAAGGCACUUACUGCUGUUACAAUGCCUUCUCCCGCGUCGACAUGCGCGUACACGCCCCCUUCCCCGGCUCCGUGGAGAGUUACUGCGUUGACGAGCGGGGCGAGAAACGAAAGGCGACCGACGAACUUUGGCUCGAAACAUACCUCUGUAGUGUCCUCCGCGCAUACUCGUAUGCCGACGAUGGUAGCGGCGAUACAAUCAGAAAGAUUAUGGGCGUCCGGCGUUUCAACCCGGUGACCAGUACCGAGACCGAGCACAAGUUCCUCAGCGCGGCCGAGCAGCUCUUCUUCAGGGCUGGCAACUUGUAUUUCUCUACGACAGGACGCCAUGCUUCCGGCAUCAACCUCUUCGAGAAGCUUCGCUCGCAAAAUGUUGAAGUGGCUUCUCUCUUGGCAAAGGUGCUCUUCAUGGGAUACGAGGAGGUGCAAGGAGUCCGUGUCUUGUACGAGGCCCUCAAGGAGUCACCCAUGGAUUACGUUAUGCUUGAUACCCAGGCCGAAUUCCUUCUCAAGAAGUCCGAAACCGCUCCAACUCCAGAACUGAGGGAGGAAAGAUUGCGCAUGGCUCUCGGCUGCGCAGACCGAAGUACGAUAGCCGCUCCCAGCGAGUUCGGCACAUGGGCAAGACUGGCCCAGGUCUACGUUGCGAUGGAGGAUUGGGAAAACGCCUUGACCAUCCUCAACUCGUGCCCCAUGUUCACAUACCAGGACAAGGAUGCGCCAGUCAUGCCAGAACCGAAAGACGUUAACCUACCGACCCUCCCAGAGACAAGGCUAGACGAGAUAGACAGCGAGCCAGAUUCGAGGUUCUCUGAGCAAGUAGACCCAAGCCUGCUCGGUCUUCGCGCAGCUGCGUAUAGGGGAACAUUCAAGCAGGCAUACAGCAUUCUCACCGAGAUGACUGCCAAGAUUGGCUGGGAUCAACUUCUCAAGAUCAGAAGCAACGUGUUUGUUAUGGAAGACGAAUACCGAAACGAGAAGCAGGAGCCUUCUUACCCUGCCAAGCGGAACGCGAGUACCGAUGCUCUCCGUGGAACCCCGGAUCAUACUACGAACGGCGAAGCCGCACCCAAGGAGGGUGCCGAAAGUGAAGAGAAUGCGGACGAGAAAAAGAAUGAUACUUUGGCUGCUGAGCAAACGGAAGACCUGGAGAGACCUCCUAGCGCUAUCGACCCAGAGGUAGUCCGCAAGGCCGAAGAAAACGGUGAUAACGAGGAUCACUUCUCCCGUCUCAACAACAAGCGUCUAUGUGAACGGUGGCUGGACAGCUUGUUCAUGGUUCUUUACGAAGACCUUCGCGUAUAUACCAUCUGGCGCACCCAGAUGGCUCAAUACAGGGCGCAAAGUAUGCAGUACAAGAAGUCGGCGGAAGAGUGGGAGAUUCUCGGCAGUCUCGCUGAACGUCUACAACAUACGGACGAAGCGGUUGAAGCCUACCGGGCGUGCUUGGGUCAGCGCUUCAGCCCCAAGGCUCUUACUGGUAUUCUCAAGGUGUUCGAGAAGCAAAAGAGCACACGCGAGACUGUCGCCGCUCUUAUCAGGUUGGUGACUUGGCAAUAUCGGUGGUACAGCGAAUUCUCUCCCGAGCUACUCCAUACCAUCCGGACACUCAUCGAGGACGAGGGUGCUGUGAAGGUCAGGAGUAUCAUCCAGGCGACCAACCUGCCACAGAACGUUCUGGACUUGACGCAUCAUUAUGCAGCGUUGUGUGCUACUUUCCGCAGCAGCGGAACCGACGGCUAG